CCCUUAAAUACGACGUCCUGUCCAUUUUCCCCGACAACAAGCUGGUGGAAGAGGGCUCCAACGUCAGCGUGUGCUGCGUUUCUCGGAGCCCCCGGGAGGACACAGUUUGCUUUUAUAACGGCGAGGAGAUGUCGGGACAACACCUGGGCCCCAAUGUAACCACAUUCACCUUGAGCAGCGUCCCCUUUGCGGGCAGCACCGGAGCGAAUAUCUUUUGUUACGUGCGCCGAGACACCAAGAAGUACAACGGCACGGUCCUCUUUGUCUCCAAAAUACUUGAGGAGCCCAAGGACUUUUCCUGUGAAACUCAGGACUUCCAGACCUUGACCUGUGCCUGGGAACCUGGGGUUGACACUAGGUUCACAAAUAGACCCACUGCCCAGAGCUACACUUUGAUAGAAUCGUUUUCUGGGGCAGAGGUGCAGUGUCAGAAGAGAAACACGUGUGAGUGGCAAGUGCCUCAAGAAUCACGGGGCGUGUAUAACUUCACCCUCGUGGCUAGGAACGACUUGCGGACGAGAAGGGUUAGCAGGCUUCUCCACCUGGCUCAGCAAGUCAAACCCAAGCCCCCUUCUGAUUUAUUCUUUGCGAACAUCAGUGCCACGAGCGCUGUGGUGGCCUGGAAAGUAGGUGCCACUUGGAAUGACGCCACACUUUUGUGUGAGGUUGCACUCCACAGUGAAGGGCGAGUGAUACAACAACACAACGUGUCCGUCAAGGUGACUGGCGAGUGCUACUUACGUGACCUGGAGCCCAACACAAACUACCAGACCAAAAUCCGCUGUGCUGCGGCCAAGCACUUCUGGAAAUGGAGCGAUGUGACGACCAGGAGCUUCACCACACCUGAAGCGGCACCUUCAGAAGCUCCUGAUGUCUGGAGAAGUGUGAGCUCGGCGUCGGGGAAUCAGACGGUGGCUUUAUUCUGGAAGCCACUGUCAAAGCAGCAAGCCCAGGGGAAGAUCCGGUCCUACAGUGUGGCCGCAGAAAACCUCCACAACCCAUCCGAGUCCGUGCUGCUCUCCGUUCCCGCUCCGGGGAACGGCACGGUGCUCACCCUCCAGCAGAGUCCUUACCGGAUCAAGGUCACGGCCAGCAACGGCGCAGGCUCCUCUCCUGCCUCCGUCUUUGUCAUCUCGGGAGGUGCUGAAAACUAUGUGACAGAGGAGAGAGUCAACAGCAGCGAGCGGGGAAUCGCCCUGGCUUGGAGCCGCCCGCCGGGCGAGGUCACGGGCUACGUGGUGCAGUGGUGCGAGCCCUCCCGGGAGCUGCCCUGCCGGCUCCGCUGGGAGAGCCUUGGCCCCAACUCCACAAGCACCGUCAUCAGCUCAGAUGCCUUGAGGCCAGGGGUCCGAUAUAACUUCAAAAUCUAUGGAAUUUCAGCAAACAGGACAGCGCAUUUACUAGAGUGGAAAAAAGGCUACUCCCAGGAAAUGGCCCCUUCCAACCCUCUGGUGACCGUGGGUAACUUGACGUCACACUCCUUUGCUCUAAGUUGGAAGAAUUACUCGCUGGACUCCGACUCCCAGCCUGGCUUCAUACGAGGAUACCAUGUCUAUUUGCAGUCCAAGGACAAGAACUGUCACAAAGGAUUUGAAAAGACAGUGCUCUCAGAUGGUUUGGAAUCCUGCAAGUACACCAUCAACAACCCCGAACAGAGGACCUUCGUGGUGGAGAACCUGCAGCCGGAGCUCUACGAGUUUCUCGUCACUUCGUUCAACAGUGCGGGCGAGGGCCCCCAUGACCCUUUCCGAAAGGUCAUGACCCCGAAUGAACACUAUGGCAUGCUGACCCGUGUUUUGAUCCCCAUGAUUCUGGGUGUUUUUGUCACUGUGGCCCUGUGCUGCCUGAGGCAUCAGUGGGUCAAGGAGAACUGCUGUCCUGCCGUUCCAGACCCGUGUAAGAGCACCGCCGUCUCCACACUGCCGCUCAAGGGUAACUCGCCCCGAACAAUCCUGACUGUCAAAGACUGCAUUCCAGACGCCAUCGAAGUUCUGUACAAGCUUGACAGGGCUAAGAUGCAGGUCUCCAAAGUGGGGGAGUCUCUCCCAGAUGCUAAGCUGUCCAAGCCCCUCUACCUUCCGGUCCUCCCCACAGGGAACUCCCCCAGCCCUGCUCCCUGCAUCUGUUUUGAGAACUUAACUUAUAACCAGGGGGCUGCAGACUCUGCUUCCUCUGCCCACGGCCCAGUGCUCCCUGGGGCCAGCACAGAGGAGCCCGGACCAGAGGCUCCACCUGCAGGUCUGCCAGACGCACAAGGAAGGACUGAUGUGAAGACCCCCCUGGGGGGACUCCCGACCGGAGACGCGGGCUUGAAUUACGUGUCCCAGUUGGCUUCGCAGGCAUCUGAAGACCAGGACAGUCCCUGCGCACACUCCCCGCAGCCAGUCCUCUGCACCGCGUAUAGAAUGCAAAUGGCCAUCCCCCUCCUUCCCCUCAGGGAGAACGCCAGCCCCCCCUCUGCCACCAUCCCCAAGCUUUGAGAACUUUGGCGCCUACUCCACACCCUGCCAUGCACUCACGCUAGUAAGGGAGGUGCGGCCGGCCUCCCCCCACCGCAGGCACCCCAGCUCUUUGGUACUCUCACCUGUGUGCGGCCACGCUGCCCUGGGCAGGUUUUUUAGCUCAGCAUUUCUUCUGGGGACAGGCUUGUUGGAGAAAUGGCAGGGCCGCGGGAGGAGCCUGGGAAGCAGCCUUUCUUGCUGCCGUGCCCCCCGGCUCACAGAGCGGCACUCAACGUGGGCACAGGCCACUCAGCACUGGCCGGGCGCUGGUGGGUCUACAAGUCUGAGCGCUACCCAGAAAGUGUAUCUGUUCAUUCUGACCCAUGGUUAGUAUCUUCAGGGUAAAGUAACUAGCUAGAUUUUUUUUUUUUAGAUUCUAAGCAUCUCUUGCUUUUGUUCUUUAUUUUUUAUUAGUCAUUUAAUAAUGAUUAACAAGAUAGUAAGUACAAUUUCACACAGUUCCCACCACCAGAGUCCCCUGUCCCCUCCCCUCCAUUG